AUGAAAAAACAUGAAAAAGAGAAGGAAUUUAUGAAGUCACUGAAGGCAGUUUCAGUAACAACAUCCUACUGUGGAACAGCUGGUUCCGAGUCAGAGGAAAGUGGUGACAGUGAAAAUUCAGAAGAUGAGUUAUCUGAACCAGAUAACUACACCUCCAAUUUAACAGACAGCAGCGAUGACGAUGAAUCAAGACAGUUUUUAGUGAUGAAGUGACAGACAGCCCUUCCCCACUGUACUUUCUAUAUGAUUGUGAAGGUACUGGGGGAUCAGUCUAUAAGGACCACAUAGUGGAGAUUGCUGCUGUUCUGCAGCCUCUCCCUGGCAAUGUAGAAACGAACAUCCCAUCUACAUUCCAGUCUCUCAUCAACACCUCUAAGAGAAUAGCCGCACCAGGUUAGAGGUUGAAAGUAAUCAAUAAUCUGAAAUAAUGCUUUUUCCAUUUUUUAGUGUUUUUGUCUGAUUAAAGAUCAGUAACAACAAGACUGAAUAGCAUUACAUGCAAUAUAUUUUGUUUUUCAGUUGUGAAAAAAUGUGGAAUAAAACAGACUGACCUUUUAAACCAACCAAAACUAUCAGAAGUACUUCCAAGGUUUAUAUCAUGGAUCAAAAAUCUGACAUAUGAGAUUUCCACAUCAACAAAGAGAAAAUACUUCCCAGGUACACAAAGUCAUACUACUUAA